AUGGUGGGUUUUGGAUCUGGGUUUGUGGGUGGUGGGUUAGGCGGUUUCGGAUUCGAAAGAAAAGGUGAGUGGAAUUGGCAAUUCUCGAAGAAUGGCAAGAUUGAUGUAAGAAGCGCAUACAAUCUUCUGACUAUGGAGAAGGUUCGGGAGCAAGCUGCUUCUUCUUCAGGCAAUGUUGAAUUUGAUUGGAAUAUAAUAUGGCAGAAUCUUGCAAACAGAGGUAUGAUUGUUGAUACAAUAUGUCCUAUGUGUGGUGAGGAUAGUGAAAAUGCCCUCCAUAUGAUUGUGAAAAGUAGAGAUGUCAGAUUGUUAUGGCAUUUUUCUCCAUUGCGUCUAGAAGUGGAUGAGUACGGAGGUGAAAAUUUUAAAGAGUGGUGUAGUAUGGUGCGUGGGAAGUACAAGGAGUCUCAAUGGAGGGAUAUAUUUUGGUGCAUUGUGUGGCUUCGUAGAAAUGCGUGGUUGUUCAAUAGAAAAAGGGUGGAGCAAGCAGGUAGGCGUCAAGGGUCCUAUGCUCCUAUUGCCGGUACUAUCAAGAUUAACUCGGAUGCGGCUAUGCUCAAUGAUAAUCAAGUGGGUUUGGGGGGUGUGAUGAGAGAAUUUGAAGGAGAUGUGGGGGUAUCAACGUGUGUGGUAGUGAAGGGUGUGGUUGAGGUAGAUGUGGCUGAGGCGAUGGCGUUGCGGCAUGCCGUUAUUGCUCUAGAUUCGGGUUUCCGUAAUGUUUGCCUGGAAAGUGAAAACGGAUUGUGUGAAGCUGUUCAGCUAUCUAGAAAAUGCCACGGUUUGCCCAACUGA